AUGCGUCAAGCGGUAUACCAGCAUUUAUUUUUUGGUGUUAACUUUCUUUCCUACAUAGAUGAACCGGCAAAAGAGGUCCAAAUAUCAACAGUUCAAAAGUCAAUUGAAGGUCAGAUCCAGAGUCCAAGGACGGAGGCGCUUCCGGUGGAACAUAUCGAUUUCCGCGAUGGCCAAUCCAAUGGGUCACAUCCCGCUAGCACACCUGGAGUUGACCAUUUACCUCGUGUGAUAAACAAGCCUACAUCCCCAAGCUCCACUGCAAUGAGCCCUUCGGCCUCGUCAUCUCCAAAAGUUAAACAAUCGGAGGCUACCGUAGAUACGUUGCGUGUUCCGAAACUCGUUUUGAUAGCACCCUGUGGUGACCAUACACAACUUAACGAAUCGACCAAUGGAGAGACGUCACCAGUCGCAACCCAAAAGGCCCCAGAAACAACAUCGCCAAAAGAAGCUAUUGGAGGGUUUAGAUAUCUGGACCCGCAGAACACAGGGUUUGUUGAUGCACAAAAAGUGACGGGCUACUGGACAAAACUAGGAAUUCCGGAUCCAGAAACAGUAUUAAAGAAACUUGGUUUUCCUUGUCAAGGUCAAUUAGAUUUGAAGAUGCUGACGGAAGAACUGGAAAGCUAUAUGGCUAUCAAUAACUCAACAGAUACGAUAGCUGUGGCGGCGAUGCUGACACUUUUAAACGAGUGGCGCCUAUCC